AGUCUCCCGGCCAGGCCGGCGGCUGCGGGAUCGGGACCCGCGUUCGAGUCUCCUACACCGGGGCUGUGCUUGCUGGCUUCCUGCUCCGUCUUCAGCCUGGGCGUCCCACCGGCAGACCAGUGCGCGCCCGUGGUUCUUGGACCCUGGGCCCAGUUCUUUGGAGGACCAUGUCAUUGGAGUUUGGCAGUGUAGCACUGCAGACACAAAAUGAAGAUGAAGAAUUUGACAAAGAAGACUAUGAAAGGGAAAAAGAGUUGCAGCAGCUACUCACAGACCUCCCUCACGACAUGCUGGACGAUGAGCUCUCCUCUCCUGAGCGCCACGAUUCUGACUGCAGUGCGGACGGCAUAGCGGGAGAACCGCAUCCUUCUGAGCAUCUGCAAAGGAAGUGGAUUGAGCGGGAUAUACUGCCCGAGCCUCACAGCGUGAACUGUGGCAAUGGCUGGGAAGAAAAUCGAAGUAAAACCGAAGACCAGCAUCUUGGGUACCACCCUGGAGAAGGUGGGGAUGAAGGUGGAAGUGGCUAUAGCCCUCCAGGUAAACAGGAGCAGGCAGAUUUGUAUCGCCUUCCUGAAGACUUUAGGCCAUACACCGGCGGUCCGAAGCAGGCAGCCAGCGUCAUUACGUUUUCAGAUCCUCAGAGGGACAAUUUUCAGCAAUUUGGUUUAUCUCAAGGACCCAACUGUCAAGCUUUGGAGCCAUAUAAAGCUGUAUAUAAACCUUACCACUCCUCUGUGCUGAAGAACAGUUUACCAGCCCAGGAGAUAGCAGGAAGUGACAUGUUUGAAGGCUUGCAGCAACAGUUUUUAGGAGCUAAUGAAAACUCUGCAGAAAAUAUACAUAUUAUUCAACUCCAGGUUCUUAACAAAGCAAAGGAGAGACAACUGGACAGCUUGGUUGAAAAGCUGAAGGACAGUGAACGCCAGGUUCGGUAUCUGAGCCACCAGCUGCUGAUAGUCCAAGAUGAAAAGGAUGGCUUGGCCCUCAGCCUUCGGGAAUCCCAGCAGCUCUUUCAGAAUGGCAAGGAGAGGGAGAUGCAGCUUGAAGCACAGAUUGCAGCACUGGAGACACAGAUCGAGGCCUUCAGAGUUAGUGAAGAGAAGCUCACCAAGAAGCUCAGAACAACCGAGAUCACCCUGGAAAGCUUGAAACAGCAACUGGUGGAGCUCCAUCAUUCUGAGUCACUUCAGCGAGCCAGAGAGCACCAUGAGAGCAUCGUUGCCAGCCUCACACAGAAGUACGAAGAGCAGGUGUCAUCCUUACAGAAGAAUUUGGACGCUACCAUAACGGCCCUUCAGGAACAGGAAAGUAUUUGCACGCGUUUGAAGGACCACGUGCAACAACUGGAGCGGAACCAGGAAGCAGUCAGAUUAGAGAAGACGGAGCUCAUUAAUAGGCUGACGAGGAGUCUAGAGGACAGUCAGAAGCAGUGUGCCCACCUGCUGCAAUCAGGCUCUGUGCAGGAGGUGGCUCAGCUACAGCUACAGUUGCAGCAAGCACAGAAGGCCCACGUCCUAAGUGAGGGCAUGAAUAAGGCUUUGCAAGAGGAAUUAACAGAGCUUAAAGAUGAGAUUUCACUCUAUGAAUCUGCUGCAGAACUCGGAGUCCUUCCAGGUGACUCAGAAGGAGACCUGAGUAUAGAGCUCACUGAAUCAUGUGUGGACUUGGGCAUUAAAAAAGUCAAUUGGAAACAAUCCAAAGCUAACAGUUUCCCCAUCAGGGUCACACAGCAGGAGUCCCCAGAUGAAGAAUCUCCGAAGGAUGAGCUUAUCCUGAAGCUGAAAACGCAAGUCCAGCGCUUGCUGACUAGCAACUCCGUGAAGCGUCAUCUGGUGUCUCAGCUGCAGAGCAAUCUCAGAGACUGCCGGGAGACAAUGGAAGCUUUCCAGCAAUCCAAGGAUGGUGACAGAGGCAUGGAGACUAAAACAGACACCUCUGAAAAAACAACUAAUGAGUUAUGGCUCGAAUCUUCUGAGGCAAUUAACAGAGAAGAGAUUUUGCGACUGAAAAAUGAAGUUCAAGUUUUACAACAACAGAAUCAGGAACUGAAAGAGGCUGAAGAAAAACUGAGAAGUACCAAUCAAGACUUGUGUAAUCAGAUGAGACAGAUGGUGCAGGAGUUUGACCACGAUAAGCAGGAAGCUGUGGAUAGGUGUGAGAGGACUUACCAGCAGCACCACGAAGCCAUGAAGGCACAGAUCCGAGAAAGCCUUCUAGCAAAGCACGCUGUGGAGAAGCAGCAUCUCUUGGAGGUCUAUGAGGGGACCCAGUCACAGCUCAGGUCUGACCUGGAUAAGAUGAACAAGGAGAUGGCUGCUGUGCAGGAGUGUUACCUGGAGGUAUGCAGAGAGAAGGAUGGGCUGGAGUCCACUCUCAGGAAGACCAUGGAAAAGGCUCAGGAGCAGAAGAGACAGCUUUUGGAAGCCAGAGAAGAAUAUGUGCGCAAACUGAAGUUAGAACUGGAAGAGAAGUACCGAGAAACUCUGAAGACGGAAAGGCAGAGCUGGCUGAAGGAGCAAGCUGCUGGAGCAACACAGCAGGCUGAGAAGGAGAGCAGACAAAAACUCAUUCAUCAGCUGGAAAAGGAGUGGCAGUCCAAACUGGAUGACAGUCUUGCGGCUCGGAGAAAGACGACCUCAGACCGCGGCAGCCAGACCGAGCAGGCGGCUGCUGUGUCUAAGGCAGAGGCAGCAGCAGUCCUGGCAGAGGAGCAGGCUCGCCAAGUCCAGCAGGAGAAGGAGCUUGCUACCAAGGAGGCUCUGAGGAAGCCCGAAAUUGAGUUGGAGCUCAAGUACUGUGAGAUUAUUGCACAAAAGGUGGAAACAGCUGUGCAGAAUGCCCGCAGUCGCUGGAUACAGGAGCUGCCCAUGCUUGCAGAGUACAAGGCUCUGCUCAGAGCCCAGCAGCAGGAGUGGGCAAAGCAGCAGGAGCUGGCUGUGGCCCAUAGGCUAUCACUUGCACUCUCUGAAGCUCAAGAGAAGUGGAAAAGUGAGCUGGAAAAUAUGAAGCCAAAUGUAAUGUCUGUCAAGGAGCUGGAGGAGAAAGUCCACUCUCUGCAGAAGGAACUGGAGUUGAAGGAUGAGGAAGUCCCAGUGAUUGUCAGAGCUGAGGUGGCUAAGGCCAGAACUGAGUGGAACAAAGAAAAACAGGAAGAAAUCCACAAGAUUCAAGAACAAAACGAGGAAGAUUAUCGGCAGUUUUUAGAGGAUCAUCGAAAUAAAAUUAAUGAGGUGCUUGCAGCAGCUAAAGAGGACUUUGUGAAGCAGAAAGCUGAACUACUUCUUCAGAAGGAGACAGAAUUCCAGGCAUGUUUGGACCAGAGUCGCAAGGAGUGGACACUGCAGGAAGCCCAGCAGACACAAGUGGAAAUCCAUCAGUAUGAGGAAGACAUCCUCACUGUGCUUGCCUUUCUUCUAAGGGACACCCAGCUGGAGUACGGUGGGGACUCACAGGACAAGCAGCUUUUGGAAGUCAUGUCAGCUUGUUCUUCCAAAUGGAUAUCUGUACAGUACUUUGAGAGAGUAAAAGCCUGCAUACAAAAAGCUCUGCACGAUAUGCUGUCCUUGCUUACAGACAGUGUCGCCUCAGAGCAGGAGAAGAGAAAGGUGGUCAAGAGCUCUGCAGACGCUGUCAGCUGGAACACUAGCCAAGGAGACUCUGCGGUCCCAGUGCCCCUUCCUGACUCCACCUCUGUACGCUGUGCUCAGUCCUCGGCCUGGCUGGAAACAGAAGCGGAAACUGAUAAAAAGAUGUGUGAGAUUAAAGGUUUAUGCUGUGGACACUGCUUUCAAGAACUUGCAAAGGAAAAGCGAGAGUGUCAGGAUCUGAGAAGGCAACUGGAGAAGUGCCGUAGGCACCUUCAGCAUUCAGAAAGGACACACAAGGCCACAGUGGAGAAACUUGGAGAGGAGAACAGCAGGGUGGUUGAAGAAUUAAUAGAGGAGAACCAUGACAUGAAGAAUAAACUGGAGACACUGAGGGCCCUUUGCAGAACGCCACCACGGUCACUGUCUGCAGGAGCCGCUGAGAGUGCUGGGCCGCCAUGCAGUGGGCAGGCCUUGGAAGAACUCCGCGGGCAGUACAUUAAAGCUGUGAGAAAAAUUAAACGUGACAUGCUUCGAUACAUUCAGGAGAGCAAGGAAAGAGCUGCAGAGAUGGUAAAAGCGGAAGUGUUGCGGGAACGGCAGGAAACUGCCCGGAAGAUGCGCAAUUAUUACCUGAGUUGCCUUCAGCAGAUCUUGCAGGAUAAUGGAAAGGAGGAGGGAGCUGAGAAAAAGAUUAUGAGUGCUGCUAGCAAACUCGCUACAAUGGCGGAGUUGCUGGGGACGAUUGCGGAGUCAGACUACAGAGUCAGGUGUGCCCAAGCAGGCCGCUCAGUAGCACUUCCUUUGGCUUCAGAGAUGCUGACGGGCACUGAAAGAUCAGAAAGGAGUGGUGUGAAUCACAAUAUCCCACAUUACGUUGAAAGCAAACCAAACAGUGGAAAGACCCUCCCCAGGAGUGUAUGUGAGCAGCUGCCUGGGAGGAAGUCUGCGCCCAGGUCACAGAGGCGGUUAGAGGAAUCGAAGCACAGAGAGAUGAGACCCAUGGCUUCCACAGCUCUGCCUUCAGACUGUCACUGUGGGGAUGCGAGUUGCAGGCACUCAGGCAUCUUGGCAAAGGAUGUUGCUCCUGUGUUUGUUCCAUGCCAGGGGGAAGGAGGCUUUGAUUUGCACGAGAAGAGAGAUGCACUUGGAGCUGGCUCUGAGUCGCUGCUCUAUUCAGCUGCUCACUCCUUCCUUGGAGGUGUUGAAAAGAACUCUUCUCCUAGAUUCAUCUCAGAGUCCAGGCACACAACCCUGAGAGGUCCCAGCGAAAUGCCAAGGUUAAAGGCAUUGAUGUGUGGUUCUCUAACAGAAACUGAGAGUAUUGCAUCUGAGAAGAGUCAGGGAUUGGGCUCUCAGGACUCUCCAGUGAAGGAUGGCGUGGGGCCCAGCAGCUCUCCAGCCUGGCCUUCUGACAGUACUUUAUCCUGUGGCAGUCCUGCAGUGCUGUUUCUUGGGGAUGGGUCACAAAGGACUCAGGAGAUGCUGGGGGACUCUGUUCAGUGGAAACAGUUCUCAGCAACCAGUUGUCUUCCAGAUGCCCAGAAAAGUAAUAUGGUUUGUCGGAGUAGUCACACUCUAGAUCUGCCCAAAGAAACCCUGCAUUCCCAGCAAGGGAAGGCGGAUGCAACUCUGGGACUCUCAUCUCCACAGAGCACCGAUAUGUUAAAGACAGAUCUCAGGAGACUCAGUGGCACAGGACCAUCUUCAUUGUGUCAGAAGCCUUUGAUAAAGUUAACUGCUCCGAUGCCCAGCCAACAGGAUAGUGGCUUUGACAGCCCGCUUGAGUAAUUAUUUGCCUUAUUUCAGAAUAGUCAUUAAUUACUAUUUAAACGGGAAUCUGGAUGGGAAUACUUGAUGCUAACAAACCAUUGUGAGGUCUGCCUGCCAGUUCUCAUGUAUUUGAUACCCUUGUAUCUGAGUAAAGUAUUCUCAGUUACUUGAGGCCCUUGCGCUGCCUUAAUGUUGGAGGCCUGAGUGACGUGCUGUGUGCUCUGCUUCUGUGUGCUGCUUCAUUCAGUUACUCAGCCCUCUACCUUUAUAUUUAUAUGCUGACUUAUUUUUGAGUGUUAAAAUACUUAAUAAAAUUGUGCAUAAUC